AUGGGUACUGUACUGUCCCUCUCCCCCAGCUACCGGAAGGCGGCCCUGUUCGAGGAUGGCCCGGCCACUGUGGGCCAUUACACGGCCGUCCAGAACAGCAAAAACUCCAAGGACGCCAAGAGCCUCAAGCGCCAGUCCCUCAUCAGUGUGUUGCCAUGGAAACGCAUUGUGGCAGUAUCUGCCAAACGGAAAGGUUCCAAAAAGCUCCCACCCGACGACGGGCAGAAGGUCAGCACUGAGCACACCAUCACCAACAGCCAGAAGCUGAAGAAGUCCCAGUCCUGCGCCAACUUGUCCUCUUUCACCACGCAGGAACCCACCAUAGCUGCCACCAUCCCCACCUCCAAGACCGUCUCCAACGUGGCCGCAGCCACCAAGAAGAACUCGCUGACCGGUUCCACUGGGGGCCAGGCAACGAACGCGGGCACACCCAAGCGCGUGAUCGUCCAGGCCUCCACCAGCGAGCUAAUGCGUAGUUUGGGUGAGUUCCUGUGCCGGCGCUGCUACCGGCUGAAGCGCCUGUCGCCCACCGACCCAGUGCUGUGGCUGCGAAGCGUGGAUCGCUCCCUCCUCCUCCAGGGCUGGCAGGACCAGGGCUUCAUCACCCCGGCCAACGUGGUCUUCCUCUACAUGCUGUGCCGUGAUGUGGUCUCCUCCGAAGUGGCCAGCGAGAGGGAGCUGCAAGCCUCUCUGCUCACCUGCCUCUACCUGUCCUACUCCUAUAUGGGCAAUGAGAUCUCCUACCCACUCAAGCCCUUCCUGGUGGAGGCUGAGAAGGAGGCCUUUUGGGACCGCUGCCUGGAAAUCAUCAACCGCAUGAGUGGCAAGAUGCUGCAGAUCAACUCCGACCCGCACUACUUCACCCAGGUGUUCGCCGACCUCAAAAACGAGAGCAAGAAGGAGGAAGAGAAGACAAGGUUGUUGAUAGGCCUCGACCGAUAA